AUGGGAAUAUCAACGACAACAGAAAAUGAUAAAAAACCACUCACGUCAACUCACCUUUCCGACUAUGGCACAUUCAUACCAGACAACGAUAACAAAGGGCAAAAGUCCAAAGACUGUGAUAAUAAAAAGUCCACUCAUAAUAACGCCGACUCGUGCUCGUCUACAGAUUUAGAAGACCAAGAGACAAGUUCUCUAGCAUGUCGUCAGAGGAACGGUAUAUGUGGUACAUCGCUCAUAUUACGAAACGAAGUCAGCGUUGCCAGAGACAUGUUAUCCCUCGAACGUACGUUUUUAUCCUACCUCCGCUUAAGCAUGUCCAUAAUGUUGACAGGAGCGUCACUAACAUUUCAGUCUCCGAUUCCCGUAAUAUCGGUUCCUCCCGAAACAUACGCUCUUGAUUCAUUAUCACCUGAGUCUUCCAUGAAACCUCUAUCGAUAUCUCUCAUUCUAAUUGGGAUGAUUCUCCUUGUCUGGGCCGUGGCGCAAUAUUUCCGAUUUACAGCCAAAAUAGCAAAUAGAGUGCUUGUCGUUGAGAACACUUGGACAAACUUCUUGGUUGUCUUUAUAAUAGGGGGUGUCAUCGGAUGGCUAUGUAUGCAGGAUGCGAUGCAUGACGACGAUGUAGCAGAGUUGAAAAGUUGCUGGUUUUGUGGUUUAUUGAAAUGA